CAUCCAGCAGGAUCCAGCACAUUAACCGUUGAAGAUCUAGUUCUAGUGUAACUACCAACACAUCAACAAUUUGUCCCACCGAAAAAAACAACAAUCAAACAAUGAACCAGUGCACCGUUUAUGCCGUUGCCUUCAUCUUUGUUGCUAUGAUGGCAUCUUCGAACUUGUCGAUGGCUUCGAACUUGCCAUUGAUUUACUGCCAGCCCAGCGCGCUCGACGGGCUACAGAAGAGACAGCUUUGCUUUGCACUGUUGGAGCGCAUGGACGCCCCGCAGGAAGUUUCCAACGACGUCAUGGACAACCAACUGUACGAGCGCGGAAUUAAGCGACAGGAUGUAGACCAUGUCUUCUUAAGGUUCGGCAGGAGAAUGGGACUUUAAGCUGCACAUGACUGAUCCACGCUACCCACCCACUAGCAUUAGCGUCGCUUCAAUUAGAACCCUACUAGACUAAUACUAAUGCAAAUACAAAUAUAUAUAUAUAAUUGUAAUUAGUGAAUCUGUUUAAUUUAUUGUACUUGCUAAUCUAAUUAACGCGCUUGUGAACCAAAUGAAGAGGAAGUAAUAUUGAAACAAAAAGCAA